GGGCAGAUGAUCAGCUCUACUUGCAAAGACUCAACUAGUCGAUCCAUUAACCGUUGCCUUAUUUUUUUUGUGUUCAGCCGAAAAUCCACUCGGAAAAAUCUGGGAAGGCAUGUACUCAAUUGUGCUGAACAAGAAAUCAAGGAAUAAAUAGGGGCGUUAACAAUUUGUUUAAUGGCUGCGACCUUGCCUCUUCUGAGAAGGUUCUCCAGACUUCUCCAAUUGCGGUCUUCUUCAUCCAUUCCCAAGUAUCGCAGCUCUUCUGCUCGUCUUCUAGAAUCUUCUAUUUCUCUCGAGUAUACUACUCGCCUCCUUUCUCCGUCGGCGGUUUCUUCUAGAAGCUUCUUCACCCGUCCUUCUCUCAAUCUCGAUGGCGAUUCUCAAGGCCCUGCCGCCAUCGAUUACCGUUCGCUUCUGCAGGAGGAUGAAUUUCAUAAGAUAGCUAAUUCCACUAUCCACCACCUAUUAGAGAAAUUUGAGAUUUACAAAUGUGCACGCUAAUAGUUUGUUAUGUACUUGGAUGCUCCGUAGGAAUAUGGUGACAUUGUUCAAAUUGAUGGUUUUGAUGUGGAUUAUGGGAAUGAAGUCUUGACCAUUAAAUUAGGUGCUUCAGGCACCUAUGUGUUGAAUAAACAAACCCCAAAUCGACAAAUAUGGUUGUCUUCCCCAUUGAGGUAAAAGCGGCAUUGCUUCUCAUAUUUUAUGGUCGUCACUGUCUUGUAGAAGAGUCUAUGCUUAAAAUUGUGUUUGGGGGAAUUAUGUAGAUAUCUGUGCUUUUCUAAAUCUGGUCGUGAAUCAUUUUUUGUUCAUUGAAGCUGUAUUUGUCAGUUGCUUAUUCUUUUGAACUGAAUUGAAUAAUUUGGGCUGAAUAUAAAUAAAGUUUACCAUCUUUGUUUUAGCACUAGAGUAAUGGGGAAUCUCGAAGUUCUAAGUUGGUAUUGCUGAAGUUCAACAUGUUCUCAGCUCAAUUAGUUUUGUUGGAAUAAGAAAGUUAAUCCAAAUGUUAGGAUCUGCUAUUCACCAUGUUUAGGAAUUUCAAAUUUUGUGGGUCUAAGACUAGAAAUAUGUGCAGGACAUAGGAUGAGUUAAGUGACUGGACUAAAAUUUUCAAACUAUGCAUAUGGAUUUGCACUGAUGAAGUUCAAUGGAGUUUCUCCAAUCAUAUAAAUAUAAUUUGAAUUUUAUGUUUUUUAGCACUGUAAAGCUCGCCUUGGUGCUAGGUGUCUGGUGCCUGACCUAGAUAGCUAGUCACCUAGCCACAGCACCUAUGGAUUUUUGCAGCACUUUUAAACAGUAUAAGAUGUUCUUAGGCCCAAUACAUCAGGCCAGUCCUCUUUUCCAACAUUAUUAAACACUAGGAUAUAUUUUUAGCACCAAUACUGACAUUUUUUAUGAAAAAAGAAAAAAAAAACAAAAAAUCACCUUGGCCACUGGUGCCUCACCUAGGUGCUUGGCAGUGGUUCAACACGCACCUUUGUGUAGCACUUUCUGCAACACUGGCUUUUAGAGUAAAAGCAAAUAUUUAUGUCCUGUAAUGUUGUAAUAUUGGUAUUAUUUGGUUUUUCCCAGGCUUACCUGAGUGUCAAUAAUUUAGUUUUCUUUCC